AUGGUGAGGGGGAAGAUGCAGAUGAGGAGGAUAGAGAACUUGGCCAGCCAGCAGGUGACCUUUUCCAAGCACCGGAGAGGCCUUCUGAAGAAGGCCUUUGAGCUCUCCGUGCUCUGUGAUGCCGAGCACCAAAUGUCAAGUAUUCCCCAAGAGUUAAAUGUAUAUUUUGCAUUUUUGUUCGAACUUAUUGCUGAGAGGGGACCUUCUUUGGGUUUGAAUGUUAACCUUAGCCGAUAUGAUCUGUUUCAUGGCCAUCUCUUCAUUGCUGACUCUGGAAGACUUGGCAUUCUUGCUCACUCUAUUUUCAUGCUCCUUUUGUCAGAGUGA